GGAACACUGAGACGUUACCCUCCCUUUUCAAAACCCCUCUGCAGCUACAGGAAUGCAGGAACACACCCCUCUACUUUAAAGUCUGGCCCCUUUAAAAAAGCCAGUCUGUAUCCACAGGAGAAUCUCCCCACUGCUACUGGGACUCUGCUUUCAACAUCUGUCUGUCAGUUUGUCAGUCUGUCUAUCAAUCAGUCAGCACCAGGGGUAUUCUAAAUAGAUAGCUGCUAUAUUGAUCCCUGUCUGUAGGACCAGGUGUACUGUGUACUAGUCGUGACGGUGACCCAGCCUGGGCUCUCAGGACUGGUUUGUGCUGAAGGCUGAAGACUAGGAAGUGUGAGGAUGGGGGUGUGGAUCAGAAAAGUGGUCCUCUCUCUGCUGAUGCUACAACUGGCCACGACUGUCACAGCACAAGGCAUUGUGUACGACCUGCUGGUGUCUCCAGACUGCCUGCCUGACCUGACGCAGGGAGGGCUGAAGAAUAAAGGUCUGGAUGAGGCCUUCCUCCUCUCCUCCUUCAGGCUCCAUAGCAAGUCCCCCUCUCAUCUCUACAGCAUCAUCAACCCCAGGGACAACAGCAAGUACCUGGAGUUCACCCUGCAGGCCAAACUCAACAAGGUGACGAUCCGUUACCAGAAGACUGAUGGUAGGGCUGGCACCACCAGUUUUAGCCACCCCUCUCUGGCGGACGGCAAGGAGCAUCAUGUGAUGAUCCAUGCCAGCGGUCUGCAGAGAGGACCAGGUCGUAUGGCGGUCUACGUAGACUGUAGACUGGCUCACACUGUGGACGAGCUGCCUGCUGCCUUCGGGUCGCUGACACCUGGACACAACAAGGUGGCGCUUAGGACCCUGCAGCCCACCGGGCAGGAUGAGUUGACGGACCUGAAACUGGUGAUAGAGGACACGAUAGAUAACGUCGCUACGCUCCAGGACUGCAGCAGACAGCAGAGCGAGUCUCUGGGUACUAUUCAGCUACUGGGCCUCCAGGCAGGUGGACAGGAUCCGUCUCAGAUGUUAGAGCUCCACAAGAUGAUGUCAGAGAUGAAGGACCUGCUCCUCCAGCAGAUUAAGGAGACCACAUUCCUCAAAAACACCAUCUCAGAGUGUCUGGCAUGUGGUCUGGGUGACAACAUGGCGUCAGGCCCAGGUACAGGUCCACGGUCAGGCCCGUCCAAGUGUAGUCCAGGUAUGUGUUUCAAUCAGGACAUGUGUAUCCCGGCCGAGGGAGGACGCUUCACCUGCGCCCCCUGCCCUGACGGAUACACUGGAGACGGAGUUCACUGUGAUGACGUGAACGAGUGCCAGUUUAACCCCUGCUUCCCCGGCGUGAGGUGUGUGAACACAGCUCCUGGGUUCCGCUGUGAGAGAUGCCCUCUGGGAUACACUGGUCUUGAGAUCAACGGAGUGGGAGUGUCCUACGCACAGUCACACAAACAGGUGUGUGAUGACGUAGAUGAAUGCCAGGGUCCUCCAGACAACGGAGGCUGCACCGCCAACUCUCACUGCCACAACACCAGGGGUUCAUUCCAUUGUGGGGAGUGUAAGAGUGGCUUCUCUGGGGACCAGGUGAGCGGCUGCAGUGGUGGGAGGCUCUGUGGGAAUGGCCAGCCCAACCCCUGUGACAGCAAUGCACAGUGUGUAGUUGAGAGAGACGGGAGUGUUAGCUGCGAGUGUGACAUAGGGUGGGCAGGUAAUGGCUAUGUGUGUGGGAAGGACACAGACAUCGAUGCUUACCCAGACGACAAGCUAAGGUGCAGGGACAACAACUGUAAGAAGGACAACUGUAUGUUUGUUCCUAACUCUGGCCAAGAGGACGCAGACAGGGACGGGCUCGGGGACGCCUGUGAUGAUGACGCUGAUAGCGACGGCAUCGUUAACAUAGAGGAUAACUGUUGGCUGCAUCCUAACGUGAACCAGAUGAACAGCGAUAAGGAUCUCCAUGGCGACGCGUGUGACAACUGCUUGACGACGGAGAACCCUGAUCAACGAGACACGGACAAGGACGGGCUAGGCGAUGACUGUGACGAUGACAUGGAUGGAGACGGUCUGAAGAACAUUCUGGAUAACUGCCAGCGUGUGGCCAACCUAGACCAGAGGGACAGAGACAACGAUGGGGUGGGAGACGCCUGUGACAGCUGCCCUGACAUGGUCAACCCCAACCAGUCAGAUGUUGAUGAUGAUCUUGUAGGAGACACAUGUGACACCAACAUAGACAGUGAUGGGGACGGUCACCAGAACACUAAGGACAACUGUCCUACAGUCAUCAACUCCUCCCAGCUGGACACAGAUAAGGACGGACAGGGAGACGAGUGUGACGAUGACGAUGACAACGAUGGUAUCCUGGACCAAGCAGACAACUGCAGACUGGUGGUCAACCCUGACCAGACAGAUGAGGACAAUGACGGCGUGGGUGAUACGUGUGCAGGGGACUUUGACCAGGACAAGGUGAUUGACAGGAUAGACAACUGUCCAGAGAAUGCUGAGGUCACCCUGACAGACUUCAGAGCCUAUCAGACGGUAGUACUGGACCCUGAGGGUGACGCCCAGAUUGAUCCCAACUGGGUGGUUCUCAACCAGGGUAUGGAGAUAGUCCAGACUAUGAACUCUGACCCUGGCCUCGCUGUAGGCUACACAGCGUUCAGUGGGGUGGACUUUGAGGGCACGUUCCACGUGAACACAUUGACUGAUGAUGACUAUGCAGGCUUCAUCUUCGGCUACCAGGACUCCUCCUCCUUCUACGUGGUCAUGUGGAAACAGACUGAGCAGACCUACUGGCAGGCUGUACCCUUCAGAGCUGUGGCUGAGCCUGGCAUACAGCUCAAGGCAGUGAAGUCUAAGACAGGUCCAGGGGAGUACCUGAGGAACUCCCUGUGGCAUACAGGAGACACCAACGACCAGGUACGUCUGCUGUGGAAGGACAAGAGGAACGUGGGUUGGAAGGACAAGGUGUCCUACCGCUGGUAUCUACAGCACAGACCACAGGUUGGAUACAUCAGGGCGCGUUUCUAUGAGGGUCCCAACCUGGUAGCAGAUUCUGGGGUGAAGAUAGACAACAGUAUGCGAGGAGGGAGACUGGGAGUCUUCUGUUUCUCCCAGGAAAACAUCAUCUGGUCCAACCUCAAGUACCGCUGCAAUGACACCAUCCCUGAAGAUUACCAGGAGUACAGUGCCCGGAACACUGAAUAAACACACCGAGCGUGGAAGAGAGAAGGAACAGAGAAGAGAUAUUGGAAGGGGGUGUUAGAGGACAGAAAAAUGAGGAUGGGACAGAGAAGAGAGGGGGAGAAAGAGAGGAAGAGGGAAAAGGAGGAGAGAGAGGGGGGGGGGCAUUAUGAGAGGAGCAAGGCUUUUAAAGGGGCUUUCCACAAGCAAUCAUCCCUUUUAUAAAAGCAUUAUUAUUACUGCUAGACUUUUGCCUGGUAUGAAGACUGAUGUCUACUCAUCAGGGCAACAGACUUCCAGACAUGACUUGUUAAUGCUGUGUCUACACACGCUAUACUGUACUGUACAUGUGGAAAUGGUUCAACUAAAAGACUGAUGUAGAUUGUAGUGAACCUGUAUAUGUCUACUAUCUGAGGUGAGGGUUAUUGUAUCUAGGGGUUCAAACUGUAGUUAGGGUCUCUCCUAUUUCUGCCAUUGGAGGAAAACAAAGACAAGGGAAAUAGAUGAAGGAGCUGGUAUUGACUGCUCUUACAUUAAAACAACCGAUGUCCAUCAUACGUUACAUUCAAUAGAUGUCAUUAUUUGUUCAGUUAAUCUAUGAAUAAAUAUUCUGAGCAUUUGGUA